GAAAAUGGUACGCCGGGUGAGUUCUGGCCGCGUCUCUGUUGCCGCGGAUACAGAGUUUCUUGCUGCUGGGCAGAUGCCGCAUGCCGAAGAGACGGCGAAAAAUUCAAAAAUGCCAGGAACAAAAGAGGGGAUCUUCGGUGUUCGAUAUGGGGCUGCAAGUUUCCUGGAAGAAAUGGAGGAUUUUGCGCCGCCUGCAGCAACGGCUAAACCUGGCAUUCGUACUGCUGCAAGGGCGGCUGCUGCGCCAGCUGCUGUUGCAGCACCAGAAAAUCCAGGGCCUGAGCCACCAACGUCUCCGCCUCGUGGUCCUCCAGCAAAUCCGCCUCAGGCGGAAACAUCAACUGGAACUGCGAAGUCCAAACCUGCAGUACCAGGUGCCGCUCCUGCAGCACCUGCGCCGAAAGCUUCCGGAUCUGCAUCCGUGUCCGCUUCAAUAACGAAAGCGCCUGCAGAAUCGACGGCUGCAGCCCCUGCC